ACGCACCAACUGCCUGCUGACGGGAGGAGCAUAAUCCUGCCUCUCUGGAACAUAUUAACAAUUCAAACCGAGGAUAUUUAUUCGACUUAUUUCACUGACUCGUAAAUUGUUCCGGGUGCCUCGUGAGCAGCCAUUCCCGACGCUGAAAGGAAAAUUAUUUUGGUUGUUUUUGUCCAAGUUUUCGCUUAAAGGACUGAAACCGCUCCGCUGCACCGAGAGAGAGAGAGACUCCGGAAAGUGUCAUGCAACGUGAGGACGGACGGGUGACCCGUUUGGAAACAAGAAGAGGGCAAACCGGAGCACGUUAUCAUUCAUUUUACCCUCUGAAGGCUGACAUGCGCGGAGGAAGAGAGUGAAGAAGUAGAUCCCACACUUCAGCCACAAACUGAGCGCGUGAAAGCAUGGACCUGAACGCACGCGACCCACACAGAGAGGGAUCACUUUCGGGCUGUUUUUUUGGAUUUAUGUUUUUGUUAAACUUUUGAAACCUAAAAUGAGGAGACGCUGGUCUUGCAACAGAUAGUUCAGUAAGUUUUUGAUCUCACACACAGACACCAGCCGGCUUUAACAGCGAGAGAAACUUGUUUGUUGUGUUAGCAGUGAACAUUUGGGCUAUUUUUUUAAAUCAAAGGAGGAGGAUGUGUUCAGCUGUUAAAGUGAGCCUGCUCUGUGUGCUACUGCUCCUGUGGAGUGAUGGAGGCUCAGCCAUCAGCUCCAUAGACCCGGACUGGUCAGGAGAGGGGAGAUGUCAACAGAUCACCAUCCCUCAGUGCAAAGACAUUGGCUACAACAUGACUCGAAUGCCAAACCUUAUGGGCCACGAUGACCAAAAAGAAGCAGCGAUAAAGCUGCAGGAGUUUGCAACACUGAUUCAAUUUGGAUGCCACAGUCAUCUUAAAUUCUUCCUGUGUUCUCUGUAUGCUCCCAUGUGCACAGAGCAGGUGUCCAACCCCAUCCCAGCAUGCAGAGUGAUGUGUGAGCAGGUCAAGCUGAAAUGCUCACCCAUCCUGGAGCAGUUUAAUUUCCCCUGGCCAGACUCUCUGGACUGCUCCCAGCUGCCGACCAAAAACGACCCGAACAACCUCUGCAUGGAAGCGCCCAACAACGGCUCAGACGAGCCUCCCAAAGUCUCCCACACCCAGCCUCCUGACUUCAGGCCCCAGCGGCCUCUGAGUGGGCAGGACUUGAACUUAAAGGACAGCAACAGCAAGGAGGCGUGCCGCAAUCCGGGCAAGUUCCACUUUGUGGAGAAAAGUGAGUCCUGUGCCCCUAAAUGUUACCCCAAAGUGGAUGUUUACUGGAGUCAGGGGGACAAGCAGUUCUCCCUGGUGUGGAUGGCCAUCUGGUCUAUCCUCUGCUUUGUUUCCAGCGCCUUCACUGUGCUCACCUUCCUCAUAGACCCGCAAAGGUUUAAAUACCCAGAGAGGCCGAUCAUCUUCCUCUCCAUGUCCUACUGUGUUUACUCUGUGGGCUACCUCAUCCGACUCUUUGUGGGAGCUGACAGAAUAGCCUGCGACAGAGACAAUGGCGUCCAGUAUGUCAUCCAGGAGGGUCUAGAGAGCACUGGCUGCACCAUUGUGUUCCUCAUCCUGUAUUACUUCGGCAUGGCCAGCUCACUCUGGUGGGUUAUCCUAACCCUCACAUGGUUCCUGGCUGCUGGGAAGAAGUGGGGUCAUGAGGCCAUUGAAGCCAACAGCAGCUACUUCCACCUUGCGGCGUGGGCCAUCCCGGCCGUGAAGACCAUCAUGAUCCUGGUGAUGCGGAAGGUGGCGGGGGACGAGCUAACAGGCGUCUGCUACGUGGGCAGCAUGGACGUCAAAGCUCUCACCGGCUUCGUGCUCAUUCCUCUUUCCUGCUACCUUAUCAUUGGCACUUCCUUCCUGCUGUCUGGCUUCGUCGCCCUUUUCCACAUCCGUAAGAUCAUGAAAACGGAGGGCGAGAACACCGACAAGCUAGAGAAGCUAAUGGUUCGCAUCGGGGUCUUCUCCGUGCUCUACACCGUCCCGGCCACCUGCGUCAUCGCCUGCUACUUCUACGAGAGGCUAAACAUGGACUACUGGCGCAUCCUGGCUAUCGAACAGAAAUGUGUGGAGGGCAGCGGGCCGGAGUCGGACGAGUGCGUCAUGAAGACGUCCAUCCCCGCUGUGGAGAUCUUCAUGGUGAAAAUCUUCAUGCUGCUAGUGGUGGGCAUCACUAGCGGCAUGUGGAUCUGGACCUCAAAGACUCUGCAGUCAUGGCAGAAUGUGUUCAGCAGGAAGCUGAAGAAGAGGACGAGGAGGAAGGCUGCCAGUGUGUUCACCAGCAGCAGGCCUUACAUCAAACCUCACCCGUCUCUCAAAGGCCACAGUACCAAGUAUGAGCCUACACGGCCUCCUCCAACAUGCGUAUGAGCUAAAUGAACCCCCAAAUACUUGUAAAGCCCUUACCUAAACGAGACUUUGUAAUCAGAGUGCCCUCAAAAGACUCUUGGUUCAUGUUUUAUUUAUGCAAACUGCAUUGAAGAUCAUGCAACGUGGGUUUUUUUGUAUCUUGAGCCAUCUCAUGCAACAAGAGCUGCCUUUGUUUGAGAAAAAUCUGCUACUCCUGGAUUCACUUAUCCUAUUGAGGAACUUGGUAGAGAGAAAAAAAUCGUAUUGUUCCCAAGACAAAAAGAGUGGAAUAAACCAUUUGGAUGUGCCAUGGGGUUACUUGAAUAAUGUGCAAUAGAUGUUUUUUUUCCUCACAGGCAAAGAAAAAGACACUUGGACUGUUAGUGACAGAUUACAGACAAUGAAAAGACCCCAUAGACAAUGGAGGCGAGUGGUCAGAGAGAUGAGUGCGGUGUUUGCAGGCUUUUUAAUGGAAAUCCAGGCAGUGUCAUAAAUGUUUGAACUGGAGGGAGAGCAGCUGUUGAAAAGCGCUCAGGACCUUUCCAAAACUGCCCAUUGUGAGGCGAAUCGAUGCCAUAAAUUAAUCAAGCACUCGAUAUUGAAAACUUAUUUGUACACGCUGUGGAGUUUUUUUUCUUUGCUGUUUUAUAGCACAAGGGAACGUUUGUAUAUAUUUCUAAAAAAAACUUGAGAUCUUUAUAGAAAAAUUAAUAAAACGUUCUAGUUUUAAAUGCUUGUGAAGCGGAAAUUGUGAUUUCUAAAUGUGUUUCUCUGAGUGUCCCUUCUCAUACAGCUGCUUUAAGGGGAAAUUUUCAGUGCCUUAAACUAGGGCUGCACGAUUUCAGUCAGAAUGAUUGUCACGACUACUUUCAUCCACACCCACAGUUAUCAAUCAUUGAUUUCAAGGACUUUUUUGCAUUGCUAUGGUUUAUUUUAAAAAUGUUUAUGUCUUGCUACUUAUCUGUUUGAAGGGCUGGACUGGGACAAACAUCUA